AGGAAUGAGAGUUUUCUUUAAACUAUUUUAAUGUCAACUCUCCAUUCUUCUCCUUCUCCAUUUUUCUCUGCCGCUCUGUCCAGAGUCCGAUGCUCCUCCCGCCGGCCGCCGUGAUCUCUCUUUCCACUUCGAUGGGUAAACGCAAGGAAGAAUUCGGCAGUGGUCGCCCAGAUGGAGGUGGCGCGGCCGCCGUCGCAUCUGAGGCCUUCUACGAGGGGCUCGGCCACUCUUUCGUCUUCGUUGGCUCCGACGUGCCCCAGCUUUCCCGGCCCGUCUCCGACUCCUUCCGAAUCAACCACAGCGACGAUGGCGGGGGAAGCGCUUCCAUCCGGUUGAUAUCCGGCGCAGCGGUCAGCGCCAACGUGACCACGCCGCUAUCGACGGCGCCGCCCUUCCAACGCAACGACCUCGCUUGCCCCUCCUCCGCUUCCUUCGAGAGCUCCUCCUCGUUCGCCUCGAUUCCCCUGCAGCCACGGUUGUCGGGAUCGUUCUCCGGCGCUAUCCACAACUUCAACUCCGGGCCCCUCGAUCGCGACUUCCACUCUGGCCACCUCGAUCGCCGUCCCUCCACCUCCUCCUCCUCUGGCCACAACUACCGCACUCUGUCCCAGCGCGUCGCCGACCUCCAGCGGCGCAAUUUCCUCCGAUGCAUCACCGAACGCAUAGCCCGCGCCGCCUCCAAGUUCAUCUGCAUCGCACAAACGCCCGAAGCCAAUCCCGGUUAUAGUCCCUCGAAGGAACCGCCUCGGACCACAAUCGCCGUCAAAGGAGCGGCCUAUCCGGACUCCACCACCGAACUCAGCAGCAAUUCGACCACCAUCCGCAGUAGCGGCAACGAGCACACCAACUUCGACUCCAUUGGCGACGAAUCCGACUCGUACGACGGCGCGAACGCCCACGCGCAUUGGGCGCAGGGGAAGGCCGGCGAGGACAGGACGCACGUGAUCGUGUCGGAGCAGCACGGGUGGGUGUUCGUCGGCAUCUACGACGGCUUCAACGGCCCCGACGCCACCGAAUACCUGCUCGCCAACCUCUACAGAUCCAUCCAGAAGGAGCUCAAGGGGCUGCUCUGGGACGACAAGCCCCAAACCGCCGGCGCCCACCAGGUGCUCGACGAAAUGCCCGACCCAGAAAUUUCGCACCCAAACAACAAGCCCACCUCCCGCGGUGGCGCGGUGGACCACAGGGCGGUGCUGAAGGCGCUCUCGCGGGGGCUGAGGACGGAAGAGGCGUUCCUGCAGAUGGCCGACGAGAGAGCGGCAACCAACCCGGAGCUGGCACUGAUGGGCUCCUGCGCGCUGGUGAUGCUGAUGAAGGGCGAGGGCGUGUACCUGAUGAACGUCGGCGACAGCCGCGCCGUGCUCGCCCGGCGGGCGGACCCCGACCUCUGGAGCUUGGUCGGGAAGGCCACGCAGGGGCUGAGGGAGGAGACGCUGAAGUACCUCGAGUCCUACGACGACGAGGAGCUGGUGGCGCUGCAGCUCACCACGGAUCACAGCACCUCCAACGCCGAUGAACUGAGAAGAAUCAGAAGUGAGCACCCUGAUGACCCAGCCGCCAUUUUCAACGGCAGAGUGAAGGGAUCGUUGAAGGUUACCCGGGCUUUUGGAGCAGGGUAUCUCAAACAGCCAAAAUGGAACAUUGCGCUGCUGGAGGCAUUCAGGAUCGACUACAAAGGCAACUCGCCUUACAUCACUUGCAAUCCCUUCCUCUGCUACCACAAAGUGGGGCCCAAGGAUAAGUACCUCAUCCUCUCCUCCGACGGCCUCUACCAGUACUUCACCAACAAGGAAGUGGUAGCCCAACUUGAAAUGUUCCUUGCGGCGAAUCCAGACGGUGAUCCGGCCCAGUAUUUGGCCCAAGAAGCGUUGUAUCGGGCCGCCGACAAAGCCGGGAUGGAGCUCGAUCAAUUGCUUGGCGUGCCACAAGGAGACAGGAGAAAAUACCAUGAUGAUGUUUCCAUCAUCAUCAUCUCCUUGGAAGGAGCCAUGUGGCAGUCCUGCCUGUAAAUCAUGAAUGGAGAUUAAUUAAUUAAUUAAUUUAUAGUUAAUAUGAAGAUAAAUCCGAAGUUAAUCAGUGUUCAUAUUAGUUAGUUUUGAGAACCAGUUGCAAUUCUUUGCUUCUUGAUGUAUAC